UGUCAUUUUUGAAGUCUACUAAUCGCUUAUUGACAACACAGGACGGCAGUGUUAUCCAUUAUUAUUAUUAUUAUUAUUAUUUUAAAGCCAAGAUGAAAUGAUAGAGACGGGCAAUUCGGCUAACGUUUUCCCUCUUAAAGACGACAGAGUAGCUGCUUUAGCUCCAGGUGCUGCCUGCUGAUCUGGUUUGCCCUGAUUGGCUGGUGAUGGAGCGGCUAAUAACAAAGCUAACAGAAAAACAUGUCCUUUUCACGGCUUCCUUCGUUAUACGACUGGCCCUGGUCGCUUAUGGAGACUACCAGGAUAAGACUAUGGUGGUGAAGUACACUGACAUUGACUACCAUGUGUUCACAGACGCUGCAAGAUUCAUUACUGAGGGGCAGUCCCCUUACAACAGAUCAACAUACCGCUACACCCCUCUCCUCGCCUGGCUGCUCACCCCUAACAUCUAUCUCAGCAUGGUGUUUGGAAAGAUCCUCUUCAUCGUAUGUGAUGUGCUCUCUGGACUGCUCAUCUACAAAAUCCUUCUUCUCAAAGGUCUUGGCACUGAGGCUGCGCUGCGUGUUUGUUCUCUGUGGCUCCUCAACCCACUGCCCAUUGGAGUAUCCAGCCGAGGGAAUGCAGAGUCAAUCUUAGCUGCACUGGUGCUGGGGACAUUACUCUGUAUGGAAGCCCGGCAUCUGAUGUGGGGAGCCAUACUCUAUGCUCUGUCAGUCCAUAUGAAGAUCUACCCGGUGACAUAUGCUCUUCCAAUUGCUCUGUCCCUGCGCACAACAGAGACCAGAUCAGAGGACAAAAAGGGGAUCAAGAGCUUAAUGCGGUUUAUUAGAAGCUUCCUCAACCGGGAGCUAUUUCUCUUUGCAAGUGUAGCAGCAGGAGUUUUCUGUAUGCUGACGGCACUCUUCUAUUACAUGUAUGGAUGGGAGUUCCUUCAUGAGACCUACUUGUACCAUCUGACCAGAAGGGACAUCCGACACAACUUCUCUCCAUAUUUCUACAUGCUCUACCUCACCGCAGACAGCGGGUGGAGCCAGUGGCUGGGCCUGGCAGCGUUCCUGCCUCAGCUCAUCCUGCUGCUGGUCGCAUCAUGGGCCUUUCACUCCGACCUGUCUUUCUGCUGUUUCCUGCACACCGCCAUCUUUGUCUCUUUCAACAAAGUCUGCACUUCACAGUACUUCCUGUGGUACCUUUGUCUACUCCCUCUGGUCAUCCCUCACCUGAGUCUGUCACUAAAACAGGGAGUGGGACUGCUGAUCCUCUGGUUUGCUGGACAGGGUCUGUGGUUGGGCCCGGCCUACUUCCUGGAGUUUGAAGGCUACAACACCUUCCUGUGGAUCUGGCUUGCUGGACUGCUCUUCUUGAUCAUCAACUCCUUCAUCUUGAUGCAGAUAGUUUCCCAUUACAAGCCAACACAAACCCCACAGAGACUGAAAGUUGAAUGAAAUUAAGAUACAAAUGACGAUGUUCCACGUUGUUAACAAAUAAAGUGUAUAUAUUUUUU